CUCAACGGAUGAUUUCAUCCAUUGCAAUCAAGACCUUAUCAACCUUCAAGAAUUGUAUGGCAUACUCCAUAAAGAGAAGAUGACGAAUAAAGAAAAUGGUGAGCACAUCUGUGGACGUGCCUGCCUGGGUCCACUAACCUUCCACCCUGGAGCUGUGGGCAACAAGAUCACCCUCAGCCAUGGAAACCUCAGGGCCUCCAGAGACUUGGAGACCUUCCAGAACGGCCUGGUGUUCAGCAGCCGCCCCAUCGGGGUAAAGGAGAAGGUGACGGUCAAGGUGGAGCGAACCCUUCUAGCCUGGGUAGGUGCCAUGCGGGUAGGCUUCACCAACGUGUGCCCAACCACUGGCCCACUACCAUCGCUUGCCGUGCCCGACCUGACAAGUAGGCCUGGGUACGCUGCCCUGCCAUUGCCCACAGAUGACUGCACACCUGGCAUCAUGGUCACCUUCUGGGUGGCUUCAACUGGUCAGCUGUGUUUUAAGACAUCCACUGGAAAACAAGGCUGUGUGGAGACCUCUCUGGACCUUAGUCAACCCCUCUGGGCCAUCUUUGAUGUCUACGGGCAAACCACCACAAUGCUCCUUCUCGGUUCUGAAAGAAUACAUUUUUUCAGAAAAACAUUGUCCUGUCCCAUUCCUCGUAGCACGUUUGAAUGUGGCUAUGAGAAGACACCGCCUCAGUUACAGAGGAAGAUGGAGAUGGCUGAGAAGAAGCUCAAACAGCGUCUGGAGAACCAAAGGAACAACAACCAUCCCAGACAGCAAAAUGGACAACUGCUGGCUCAUGUUCCAGGGUCCAACGCAGAAGACUUGUGCGUGGUGUGUCUGGUGAGCGAGGCUCGUCUGGCCCCCCGCUGUGGACAUCGCUGCCUGUGCCUCCCAUGUGCUAACAGGGUGUUCGCUGAGUUCGGGACAUGUCCACUAUGUCGGCAGAGCAUCUAAACUUCGAAACCUUCCUGUUGUGUUGUCCUGCUGCUCAAUUUUACAUGGAAAACAAAACAAACAGGACUUCUGUCUUCAGUCACGUUGCCUAUUCUGAUUAUUAACUCUGAAGUUAGCAGAUUUUGAGACACAACUUGGCAUGCAACUUGAGAUAUUUUAGUUAUAGACUACAAUGUGAAUAAUACUUUUCUGACAUAUCACUGUAGGCUAUGCCAUUGCACUGCUUGAAUUUUAUCAGGCCAAUUGGAUACACUGAUACACUAUGCAAGUGUAAAUUUGCACUCAACCUCAUAUUACCUUGUGGUAGUGAAUCUUUUUAACUUUAUAGCAUUCUUGCACUUUAUCGAUUUAAUUGAUCACUGUGAACUUUUUAUCUGUACCAAAUACCAAUAUGUACAGUGGUUGCUAUCUGAAGUCCCUAAAAUGAUAUAUUUAUUAUAUUAUAUGUGAAUAUUUAAUUUGUGAUAUUGUUAUGGUUAUGAAUAUGUUUGUUGGCUAUUUUAUAAUGUGGAUAA